GAGAGAGCGGUCGCGUUAAUUGAAGGCUGCGAUGGCUGGUGGAGGAGCCAUAGGAGACCCCUAUAAGAAGAGCACAGGCUCGACUCUAUUGCAGCCACUGAGCGACCGCCUGGACGUCCCACUGGAUAAGGUCAACUUUUUUGCUUGUCAGUUCUUUGCACUCUUGGCUGCAUUAUGGUUUCGUUCCUACUUAAGUCCCAGUCAAGUGAGCUCUGGUGUUCGCCAUGUGAUUGCCACUGUUUUGGGAGUAUGCAUUGCUAUCUUCUGUUGUGGCUGGUACUCUAUCCAUCUUUUUGUUUUAGUGAUGAUAAGCUAUGGCAUCAUGACUAUGGUCAGUAUUUCCAACAUUCACAGGUACACUUUUACAGUAGCUAUGGGAUAUCUUACAAUGUGCCACAUUACCCGGAUAUAUAUAUUUGGUUAUGGUAUUGUAAUUGCAACUUUCUGUGGCCCAUUGAUGAUGGCAACACAGAAGAUCACAACUCUUGCUUUCCAGAUACGUGAUGGAAGAGAUAAAAAAGCUGAAGAAUUAACUAAAGAACAGAAUGAGCUUGUUCUAAAAAGAAAACCUUCCUUAUUGGAGUAUUUGAGCUAUCAGCUCAACUUCCUGACUGUCCUAGCAGGUCCAUGUAGCAAUUUCAAGGACUACAUAGCCUUCAUUGAAGGCAGGCACAUACAGAUGAAGUUGUUAGAAGUCAACUGGAAGCAAAGGGAUUGUUACAGACUUCCUGACCCUUCUCCAGUGGGUGUAGUGCUGCACAAGCUUUGCAUCACACUUGUAUGGCUAAUUGUGUUCAUCAUACUUACCAAGAGCUUCCCAAUGACAUAUCUUGUUGAUGAUCAGUUUAUCAGCGAAUUCUCAUUCUUAUCAAAACUUGGCUUUCUCUAUCUGGCUGUACAAGCUGUAAAGGCAAAACACUAUUUUGCAUGGACACUCGCUGAUGCAAUCCACAAUGCUGCUGGUUAUGGGUUCAGUGGUGUUGACGAAAAAGGAAAUUUCCAUUGGGACCUGCUGACUAAUCUGAAUAUAAUGAAUAUUGAGAUGGCAAAAGUUUUAAAAUGUACUUAGAAAACUGGAAUAUCCACACCAUAGACUGGCUUAA